CUGUCUUUGCUCAUUUAAACCGUGCGCUCUACAGUUAGUAUCCGAUUAACAUCCUCUGCUUAUCGAGCCUUGAAAUCAACGCGUAGAAGAAAACCUCUAACGGAAUGAGCAGGAUUUGCAACACAAAGUUGUGAUCUGCAAAGGACAAGAGGCGACGAUUGAAUUUUCUCUAUCCAAAGGUGUGUGCCUCCCACCCCGCGCCCCACCACGGCCCUCACCUGUGUGUUGCGGUGCUUCCCCUGUGAGCCGUCCUGGGCCGGCAGCCCCUUCCUGCACCGCCCCCAUACUUCGCCCAGCAACAGCAACGCUGUCGCCCCUGAAACCGUCGCUGUCUCCCAGGCAACUGUCAUCAUGACGCGCUCCAAGACCUUCCAGGCCUACCUGCCCAACUGCCACCGCACCUACAGCUGCAUCCACUGUCGAGCGCACCUGGCCAACCACGACGAGCUCAUCUCCAAGUCCUUCCAAGGAAGUCAAGGUCGAGCUUACCUCUUCAACUCAGUGGUGAACGUGGGGUGUGGACCAGCAGAAGAGAGGGUUCUGUUGACAGGGCUUCACGCGGUGGCUGAUAUCUACUGUGAAAACUGUAAAACCACGCUGGGCUGGAAAUACGAGCAUGCCUUUGAGAGCAGUCAGAAGUACAAGGAGGGGAAGUUCAUUAUCGAGCUGGCCCACAUGAUCAAGGACAAUGGCUGGGACUGAGGGGGCUGACCUCCCCCCUAAGGUUUACUGCUAGCUCAUCCACAUGACCCUAUUCACCUGACACACAGCUCAUGUACUCCCACAAUACACAGGUGUAAGCGUGUGUGUGCGCGAGUGUGCGUGCAUGUGUGUUUACCAGAAUGAUAAUCUCCAGUCUAAAGCAUAUACAGAUAUGCACAAACACACACACACACAGUUGCACAGAGACGUGUGUUUGUAUUCACUCUGCAUGCUGAAGCUUGUUCCAGGCCUCAGGGUGGACAGGAGCCCACAGGUUAAGGGUUAUAGGUCAUAGGUUAUGGUCUCUCUGGGGGAUGAAUGAGAUGAACAAUGACCAUGGUAAUGGACAGACAAGAAUGGACCCCUCAAGACCCACUAACCCUACAAUGAGGUGAAAUUCUGUUCAACAUUCCGUUUUUUACCUGCAAUCACCCUCACUACCCUACAUGGAUCCUUCCACAUGAAUGCAUUUUUUGGUUACUAUGUUUCAAUGGACUCCAUUGAAUUAGGAAUUGGAAUAAUUUUAUAGGAUCUCUAUGAUGGGCAGACUCAUGGAAGACACCAACCAACCAGAAAUCACCAGACUUCUUGAAGCCUGAAAUCGUCCAAAACUCCUUUCAACCAAAUCAGCACCUUUUCGUUCGGGAUUGAGUUUGAAACAGAUUGUCAUAAAUCUAAAACUGCUUGAUUGUUCAUCUGAAAAAAAAAUCUUUGUUGUUCUUAGUUUUUUUAUUCGAGCAUGUGUUUAAGCUAUGGAUGUAUUUGUUCAUUUAUUUGGUUUUGUUAGGGAACAAUCCCCUUUUCCCCCCUUGUUAAAAGGUAGUAGCUUUGUUGGUUCCCCCCCUCACUUCCAAUGGUAGCAAUCUUAAAAAUGAGGUGUCAUUCAAGUUGUCAUCCCUUUGCCGAUCUGAGUGUGCUAUUACCACCCUCUGUGAAUGUUUUAGUAAUGGCAGUGUGUGCGAGGAACCCAGAGUGCACAAGGUUUACAUGUCAACUGGGUAAAGAGACCGGGGGGGAAAAUGUAGCACCCAUAGCUCUUUUCAGUCUCAAAGCAAUGCAGACAUAAAGGUGAUGCAAACUGAUGAGGAAAUUAGGCAUGUGGAGUGCCCCUUUCCUAGACGCUGAUCUGAAGUUAGUGUUGUGUCACCCUCCAUCCCCCCAGAGGUUAAGGUUAGGAUAUGGAGAGGGAAAGCUGAUCCUAGAGCUGUUUAUAAGGGCAACUUCUAACAGGCACCUCACAAGGACUGAUGGUUGUGAACUGGUGGUUCUCUGUUUACCUCGGUCUGCAUCCUGCACUGCCUCCUCGCUUAUUUGUUUUGUUGUUGAUUUUGAUUUGAGAAGAUUUGAGAAUUACGACUUUUAAAAUGUACUUUCUACGGUCUGGAACAGGAGAACCAAUCGAAAGCCACAGAAUACCCAAUCAGAGGGUGCCACACGUCCCAGCACAACAACCAAAGACUCCCAUCAACAAUAAGUUGACCAAACAAUGGACCUUGUGGUUGAUUGCUUGUAUCAGGAAGUUGCCGAAUGAAAGAUUGUGAUUGGCCGAGAGCCACUGUCAAACCUUGGCCUUUCUCUGUGAGAUAAUGCAUUGUUUGGUUGCGACAAUUACAAUGUUAAUACCUGUAUAUUCACUAUGAACAUAUGCAUUAUUAUAUAACGAUAAACAGUAUUACACCAUGUAAAUAGCCAUAUUCAAUGUUUUAUUUAUUCAAUUGAUGAUUAUUUUAGUCUAUGCUCUGCUGUCUGUCUUGGGGCCCCUUGUGAGACAGUUAGAUUUCCUACUUUUUUACUAUUUGGAGAGAAAAAAAGAAGAAAAAAAGUAUUUUGCAAAGGAAGGAAAAUUGAUGGCAAUAUAUGGAGACUCAAUAAAGAUUCUCAUUUGAUCGAUCUGAAA